GACAGCAGAGAACUCACUCACUUACAGCAAGGAAGACAGCUCUGUACCGUACAUACUUUUCAAGCAAUUGUAAAAACCUUUGGAAAUAUCCACCAGUGAGCAGGAAAAACACCUCAUCAUGUGCAGAGGACUUGAAUCACUGCCUUUCACCUGCCUGGAGAGGGCAAAGGAGCUGAAAGCUUUGUUUGGAAGUUUAAUACAAAAGUCAGAUCACAGCAUCACUGGCCAGUCAAAGAAAGAUGACAAACUGAGGUUAAACGUCGACGAGCCUUUGAAAUGGAUGGAGUCGUUUGAGAAACUGUUGUCUAGUCAAAAUGGACUGUGCCUGUUCAGAGCGUUCCUGGUCUCAGAGUUCAGUGAGGAAAACAUUGCCUUCUACUUGGCUUGUGAGGACUACCGGGCAACAAAAUCUUCAAAACUGUCCACCAAAGCCAAGAAAAUUUAUGACCAGUUCAUCGGCUCUGAUGCACCACAAGAGGUUAAUCUUGACCAUGCAACCAAAGCCAUCACAAAGGAGAACAUGGAGCAUCCCAGCCAAUCCUGUUUCAAUCUGGCCCAAGCCAAAAUCUACACCCUGAUGGAAAAAGACUGCUACCCUCGCUUCCUCAAGUCCUGCACAUACCUGGAGCUCAGCAGAAAGGCUAAGACUGGCUAACCAACUAUAUUUAAAAAAAAAACUAUCCUUCAAGCAGCAGACAUAAAGGGA